AUGGCACUCUGCGGGCCCUCGACUGCCCUCGGCUCUCUACAGAAGCAUGUUAGUGCCGACAAAACCUUGCAACAGGACCGUGUACAACGACAGGGCUCUUCUUCUAAUGUGCCUUCUCCCCCUUCUGCUCCCCUUAGGAAUGAGGUGGUAACAAAAGAACAGAUCUUCAGAACCCAAUACACGGACCCCCGCGUGGAACACGAAUUCUCACAAUUCUCGGGCCCGCCUGCAGCAGCAAACUUAGAAAUCGCCGCGGCGGCACACCACCACCACCAGCAACAGCGCUUCGGGAACGUAGACGCAAGCUGGGCGAGUGACUUCCAGCGAUUACAUGUAAGCUCUGGUUUACCUUUACAGCUGCCGCAUCACCAGCAGCAAUGGGGGGGAGGAGGGGGCUGGCACGAAGAGUUCUUAUCACACCCAGCACCAGCAGUGGCACCCGUAGGGGCAUAUACUACCGCACCGGGACACACGCAAUUAGGUCCUCAACAGCAGGCAAUGUUCCCGGGCACUGACAUCAGCGCCGGGCUUCCGCGUUAUACACCUGUUUUUCAAAACUCUCACCACGGUCCUCCCGCCACGGAGGCUGCCACAACAACUACAUCCAUAGAGGAAGACCUCCUGACAAACGAAGCCUUUGAAAGAGCCUUUGAGUCUGCAAGAGCUCAACUCGCUGAACCGUUAACUACUACCCCCCUUCCCCAAACUGUAGUCGAAGAACCUCCCAAUCAAGCGGAGACCAGCCAAGACAAGGACAACGACGACCUGUCCCGCACAGCCGGAAACCUGCUAACCUCUCUGCAAAACAAUCAGUCCCAGAAGUUCCGCGAGAGCAAUUUCCUGGCGCUGAUGAGGCGAUUGCGAGACCGGGAGGUGAAGGUUGAAGGGGAUGAGUUGGUCGAGGUAUGA